AUGGACUGGCCCGAGCAGCUCAAGUCUGUUGUCCAUCAGCCCCAAGGAGUAUUUUCCGUGGUCGUACCACUUGCAGAACGGCAGAAACGCCCAGCACAGGGUCGCGAACCCGAGAAACUGCAUCACGAUCGUCCAGUACGGGCUCAGCAUCACCGAGGACGAGAUGUUGCUCCAGUCGAGCGAGAUGUUCAGAAACCCAAGGCCGCCGAGACCGGAGCCCCAGAAAUUGAGCACCGCGUUGUGAGGAGCCAUGAAGCACAAUAUGGAGACCGACGACGUCAACGGGAAGAUGAGCUCGGGGAAAAACUGCCAUACAAACAGCGAAGCAAGACCGACCGUGAACACGCGCAUCUGCGAGCUCGACCGGCUGCCAGCAUGUUCCUGGGCCUUGAACAGCGAGGUCUGCAUCAACGCCUUGGGCCACACAAACUGUGGCUCGUAAAGCACAAAGUUCCUCGCAAUGGCUCCAAAAGAGUAGCCGGUCCAGACAAUGCUGUACAUGAAGACGAGUGCCACGACGGGAUGCACUUUUCGAUCGUAGUAGAUUUCCGACAGCGACAGGCCGGCAGUUCCCUGGUUGCCGGUGGCGCCCGAGGCCGCGGUCAGCGUGACCAGAACGGCCUCUUUGAUGGACCAGGGGCCGGGAUUGAGACUGAACCGGAAGCCAAGCAGGUUGACAGUUUUCCGGGGCAAAAUUCUCGCCAGCCACCUGCCGGCCGGGUCAGAUAA